UUCCAGUGCUCCAUUGAGGACCCCACCAAGCAGACCAAGUUCAAGGGCAUGAAGAGCUACAUCGCCUACAAGCUGGUGCCCAGCCACACCGGGCAGCAGGUGCACCGCCGCUACAAGCACUUCGACUGGCUCUACGGGCGCCUGGCCGAGAAGUUCCCCGUCAUCUCUGUGCCCCACUUGCCGGAGAAGCAGGCCACCGGCCGCUUCGGGGAGGACUUCAUCAAAAAAGGCCUGGCCUGGUGGAUGGACCACAUGUGCAGCCACCCCGUGCUGGCUCAGUGCGAUGCCUUUCAGCAUUUCCUCACCUGUCCCAGCACAGAUGAGAAGGCCUGGAAACAAGGCAAGCGCAAGGCUGAGAAGGAUGAGAUGGUGGGUGCCAACUUUUUCCUGACCAUCAGUGUCCCCACAGGCCCUGGGGCCAGCCUGGACUUGCAGGAGGUGGAAAGCCAGGUGGAUGGCUUUAAAGCCUUCACGAAGAAGAUGGACGAGAGCACCCUGCAGCUUAAUCACACGGCCAACGAGUUUGCCCGCAAACAAGUCACUGGCUUCAAGAAGGAAUACCAGAAGGUGGGGCACUCCUUCAAGUGCCUCAGUCAGGCUUUUGAGCUGGACCAGCAGGCUUUUUCGGCUGGCCUCAACCAAGCCAUAGCCUUCACUGCAGAAGCCUACGAUGCCAUCGGGGACCUGUUUGCAGAUCAGCCCCGACAGGACCUAGAUCCUGUGAUGGAUUUGUUAGCGCUGUAUCAGGGGCAUCUGGCCAAUUUUCCAGACAUCAUCCACGUCCAGAAAGGAGCCCUUACCAAAGUAAAGGAGAGUAAGCGGCACGUGGAAGAGGGGAAAAUGGAGCUCCAAAAAGCUGAGGGCAUUCAAGAACGCUGUAACAUUAUUUCUUUUGCAACCCUAGCAGAAAUUAAUCAUUUCCACAAAAUUCGUGUGAGGGACUUUAAAUCACAGAUGCAGCAUUUCUUGCAACAGCAAAUACUCUUUUUUCAAAAAGUGACACAAAAACUAGAAGAAGCUCUUCACAAGUAUGACAGUGUUUAAUCUUUGAACUUCGAUUUGCGGACUUCCCUCAUCAUGAACGUGACCCAGGCGGCAGAGCCAAUGCUGCUGCUGCUGAAGAACUGUUGCCAGUGGUAGACAGUGGUACAAGGAUGGUUUUGUGUUCACCUGGAACGCCGGGUUAAUCUCCGAUUAUGUAGAAAGGAAACAGUUAUAGGGCUAUGUAGUAGAAAACAGUACCACACAUUGUAACUAAGUUAUACUCUGUAUGCCUACACUACCAUUGUAACUUUUUUGAAAUAAUAAGUAUACUAUUUGCCUUAUUGCUUUUUGAAAUAUGGUAUUUUAGUGCAUACUUUGUAGACCUCAAAACCCUUUGGGUCUUUAAGGAAGCUGACUAGAUAAAAGCGUGCUUCAGAUGCCUUUUUACUUUCCUAGAUUUGGAUUUCCUAAAUUCAAACAAUUCUCUGUUUACAGACUCCUACUAGAGCAGCUAUGUAAUUCUGUGCCUUUAGACUCUAUUUUUCCUUUUCUAGUAAGUCACAUUUUUAUGAUUGAUUG